AAACAACAACCACCGUUAUCGCCACCUGACGGGAUCUUCAGGGCUUGUUCGUGCUUUUGCACUAAAUUGCGCUGCUGCUGGACGUAAAUGUUUCAAGUUCGACAGUGGCGGCGUUUGAAACGAUGACGUGCGUCAGCUCGUGUUUGAACAUGAAGGCAGUCCGCGUCGCUCUCGUGAAACUUACACACAUUGACUGACUCACUCGACUCCGUCAUUGUGAGAAACUACUUCUUCGCAGCAUCCGAUGCCCCGCCCACCGAGACCCCGCGUCCCACCCCGUGCGCGCUCCCGCGGACCUGCCCGGUUAUGAGCGCAGCAGCGGUUGCUCGCGCGAAGACAGCACUCGGCGCGCUCCAGCACACACGGAGACGCGUGGACGCGCUGCGGACCAUGGCCAACCGAUCGGUGACGCGCUUCGACUUGCUGGUUAUCGGCGGCGGCUCCGGGGGGCUGGCGGGCGCGCGGCGGGCGGCCGAGCUCGGGGCCAAGGCUGCGGUAGUGGAGGGCAGCAGACUCGGAGGGACCUGUGUCAAUGUUGGCUGUGUGCCCAAGAAGGUCAUGUGGAACACCGCGGUACACGCCGAGUACCUCCACGAUCACGCUGACUACGGGUUCGAGGGUGCGCAUGCGCAGUUCAACUGGCAGUUUAUCAAAAACAAGAGGGACGCCUACGUGAAGCGGCUGAAUAACAUUUACCAGAGUAACCUUGAUAAGGCCAAGAUAGAGAGCAUUCAUGGUCAUGCUGUGUUCACCGACGACCCUGAACCCACUGUGCUGGUGAACGGCAAGAGAUACACAGCACCACACAUACUCAUUGCCACCGGGGGGCGUCCUUCCGUAGUCAGCGACGAUGAAAUACCAGGAGCAAGCCUGGGCAUCACCAGUGAUGGAUUCUUCGAGCUUGAGUCUCUGCCCCGGCGCAGUGUCAUCGUGGGGGCAGGCUACAUCGCUGUGGAGAUGGCAGGCAUCCUCUGCGCACUGGGAUCCAAGACGUCCCUCAUCAUUCGGCACGGCGAGGUGCUGAGGAGCUUCGACUCUAUGAUCAGCUCUAACUGCACCAAGGAGCUGCAGAGCUCAGGCAUCGAUUUGUGGAAGUACUCUAAGGUGAAGUCUGUCAAGAAGACGGCCAAAGGCUUAGAGGUGACACUGCUCACUCGAGACCCAGAGAAGAAGGAAGAGAUGAGCAGCACCAUCUCCGAGGUGGACUGCCUCCUGUGGGCCAUUGGCCGUGAGCCCAGCAUCGAAGGCCUCAACUUGGAGAAGCUGGGUGUGAAACAGGAUGCGAGGGGACAUAUUGUGGUGGACGAAUUCCAGACCACCACUCGGCCAGGAAUCUACGCUGUGGGGGACGUCUGUGGCAGGGCUCUCUUGACUCCAGUGGCCAUUGCUGCUGGCAGAAAACUGGCUCAUCGGCUGUUCGAGGGCAAACAGGACUCAAAACUGGACUACGUUAACAUACCGACAGUGGUCUUCAGCCACCCACCCAUCGGCACAGUGGGCCUCACCGAGGAUGAGGCUAUUAAGACCCAUGGGAAGGAGAACGUGAAGAUCUACACAACCUCCUUCACCCCCAUGUACCACGUCAUGACCACCAGAAAGUCCCAGUGCGUCAUGAAGUUGGUGUGUGUGGGCAAGGAAGAGAAGGUGGUGGGACUGCACAUGCAGGGCCUGGGCUGCGAUGAGAUGCUGCAGGGCUUCGCUGUCGCUGUCCAGAUGGGCGCCACCAAGGCGGACUUUGACCGCACGGUCGCCAUUCACCCCACCUCCGCAGAGGAGCUGGUCACCCUUCGCUAGCCCUGCCCGGUGAGACUCGGCGUGGCGCUGAGCAGUGGCGUCACCUUCUCACUACUGGCAUGAAAGUGAUUUUAAUAGACAUGCAGUUUCUGCAGCGUAUUGAGUCUUCAAGUGUAAAAGUCUAUGGUAAGAGUGAAUAAAGAAUAAACCCUUACA